AUGGGUAAGGAAAAAACACAUAUUAACUUAGUCGUCAUUGGUCACGUCGAUAGUGGAAAAUCAACCACUACAGGUCACAUUAUUUACAAAUUAGGAGGUAUAGAUAGAAGAACAAUUGAAAAGUUUGAAAAGGAAUCUGCUGAAAUGGGUAAAGGUAGUUUCAAAUAUGCAUGGGUUUUAGAUA